AUGUCGCCCCACAGCACCAACGAUAUUGACCAUCCAGCGGUCAUGAACGGCACCCACGACGGCGACGUAGCCCCCCGGCUGGUCAACGGCGCCGCCAACGGAUCCGCCCGCCGGGACUUCCCGAAGAGCCGCUAUCUCACACCUGCCGACCCUGACUCGGUGCUCGAUUUAAUCUGCGUCGGCUUCGGCCCUGCCAGCGUGGCCAUCGCCGUUGCCCUUCAUGAUACGAUGGAGGCUGGCAAGUUGGCGCAGGCGCCCAAGGUUUUGUUCCUGGAAAAGCAGGCCCAGUUCGCAUGGCAUGCUGGCAUGCUGCUGCCGGGCGCCAAGAUGCAAAUUUCCUUCCUCAAGGACCUCGCGUCGCUGCGGGACCCGCGAUCCAACUUUACCUUCAUCAAUUAUCUCCACAAGAACAACCGACUGGUGGACUUUAUCAAUCUCAGCACGUUCCUGCCGGCACGCGCCGAGUAUGAGGAUUAUCUCCGGUGGUGCGCUCGGCAUUUUGACGAUGUUGUCCACUAUCACAGCGAGGUCGUUUCAAUCUCUCCGGUUCAGGAGGAUGGGCCACAGAAGAUGUUUGCUGUCACGUCUCGCAAUGUCAAGACUGGUGCCGUCACCACACAGCGGGCGCGGAACGUUGUGGUGGCUGUCGGCGGCCAGGCUUCCAUCCCCAAGCUGUUCCCAGCCCAGCAUCCCCGAGUGCUUCACUCGUCGCAAUACGCCCAAUUGUUCCCCAAGAUUCUGGGAGACAAGUCAGCACCGUACCGCGUGGCGGUAAUCGGCGCCGGCCAGAGCGCGGCCGAGAUCUUCAGCAACGUUCAGAGCUUGUAUCCCAACAGCAAGACCUACAUGAUCAUGCGGUCCGAGUUCCUCAAGCCGAGCGAUGAUUCACCAUUCGUCAACUGCAUCUUCAAUCCAGAGUUUAUUGACAAUAUCUACCCCAAGCCGUCCGCGUACCGCGCCAACCUCCUCGCCGAUGCCCGUGCCACCAAUUACGGCGUCGUCCGGUUAGAGCUCAUUGAACAUCUGUUCGAAGUCAUGUAUCACCAGAAACGGACACUUGGGGAAGAUGAGAAACAAUGGCCACACCGUAUCCUGGCCGGCCGGGAUAUUGUCGCCGUUGAGGACAAGGGCGAAGUUCUCGGCCUCAAGGUUGCCCUGCUCCCUGUUCCCGGCGCCGCCGACGGGCCUCUGCUGGCCGAGGAACAAUUGGACGUGGACCUUGUAAUUUGUGCCACGGGCUACAAGCGGACUGCUCAUGUGGAUAUGCUGAAAGACACAUGGCAUCUCCUCCCGGAGGUUACCGGUGGCGAGAGCGUGGUGUCGAGCAAUGACCGCUGGCUGGUUGAAACCAGCAAAGCGGACCAGCGGUCGACUCGGGUAAUGCAAGUCGGUCGUGAUUACGGCGUCCGCUUUGGGGAUGGUGCGGUUGCUGCUGGUUCCGGCAUUUGGUUGCAAGGUUGCUGUGAGGCAACUCAUGGUUUGAGUGAUACCCUGCUUUCUGUGCUUUCGACGCGUUCUGGAGAGAUGGUUCGGUCUAUUUUUGGAGCAUCUGCAUGA